GAGGAAACUGAAAGAAAACCAGAGUUUGGCUCGCUCAGAUUUCAGAGGAUGAAACUUUGGCCAAAAAAAAAGCAGAAGCAAAACAAGUCGGUGCAAAGCCUCUCUAUUUAUCAUUGGUUUAUGAGGGCUUGUCUGGGGUUUUGUUGUUCUUGGAUGUAGAAUUGAUUGGUUUUGAGAGAUAUUUUUGCCGCAUGAGAUUAGGGUUCCAAUGAAUAAUAAUAGUAACAAUCCUGUAAGAAGUAUUGGGGUGCCACCCUCGUUUGCGAAUCCUGGUGCAAUGGCACAAUCUACGCACGUGAACCACCAACCACCACAGUUGCUCUCACAGUCACAACCUCAAACACAAGGCGGGCCUGCAUUUCCUGGCCACUUUCAGCUGUCUGAACCACAAGCUCGGGUGCUAGGACACACUCAGUUUGCACAGGCAGCUCAUACUCAGUUUCAAUCUCAUAUACAAUCAACCAACCAUUCUGUUGCUCAGUUGCAAAAUGCUAAUUCUGCUAAUGUUGGUGUGCAAUCACCUCCUGUGCCCACACCCAGCAGUUCUAGUGCUAAAAAGACUAGCUAUAAACCGCCUUCGAGGCCUUCAUCUGGUUCAUCGAAUGCCAACAUGGCUUCGCUGUUCAAGACCAUGGAGUUGGCUCCAGCUGUUCGUAGGAAGAAAAGGAAGCUUCAUGAGAAGGAGAUACCUGAUAAGGUGGUACCUGUUUUGCCAGAGUCUGCGCUUUAUACGCAGCUGCUUGAAUUUGAGGCUAGAGUGGAUGCUGCUAUGGCAAGAAAGAAGAUGGAUAUUCAAGAGUCACUUAAAAACCCAUCCCGUGUUCGGAAAACGCUUCGGGUAUAUGUAUUUAACACUUUUGAAAAUCAGGUGCAAGGGUCUAAUGAGAGGAAGAGUGCUGAGCCUCCUUCUUGGUCAUUAAAAAUUAUUGGGAGGAUAUUGGAAGAUGGGAAGGACCCUGUGCUGACUGGAAUGACCCAGAAACCAUAUCCAAAAUUCUCAUCUUACUUCAAGAAAAUUACAAUAUACUUGGACCAGAGCCUCUAUCUAGAUAACCAUGUAAUUCUAUGGGAGAGCACACGGUCACCUGUUCUUCACGAGGGCUUUGAGGUGAAGAGAAAAGGAAAUAAGGAAUUUACUGCAAGAAUUAGACUAGAAAUGAAUUAUGUGCCUGAGAAAUUCAAGCUUUCACCUACUCUAUCAGAAAUCCUUGGAAUCGAGGUAGAGACUCGCCCUAGAAUUUUGGUUGCAAUAUGGCAUUAUGUGAAGUCUAGGAAGUUGCAGAACCCAAAUGAUCCCUCCUUCUUCACAUGUGACCCCCCUCUUCAGAAACUAUUCGGGGAAGAGAAGAUGAAAUUUUCUCAGGUACUACAGAGGAUAAGUCUGCAUUUAACUCCUCCACAGCCUAUUCUUUUGGAACAUUCGAUCAAGCUCUCGGGGAAUUGCCCAGCUGGAACUGCUUGCUAUGAUUUCAUAGUUGAUGUUCCUUUGCCAUUGCAAAAGGACCUUGCUGUUUUCUUGACCAGCACAGAGAGGAACAAAGAAAUUGAUGCUUGUGAUGAAUUAAUAAGUAACUCUAUAAAGAAAAUACAUGAGCAUCGCCAGAGGCAGGCUUUCUUUCUUGGUUUCAGCCAGUCUCCAGCAGAGCUUAUUAAUGCUUUAAUUGCUUCUCAGAGCAAUGAUCUGAAGCUUGUUGCUGGAGAUGCUAGCCGCAAUGCAGAAAAAGAGCAGCGAUCUGGUUUCUAUAAUCAGCCGUGGGUUGAAGAUGCUGUUAUUCGUUACCUAAAUCGCAAGUCUACUGUAAAUGAUGCUCCUGGAAGCUCUUGAAUGAAAGAUGGUCAGAUUUUCAAAAAGGUGGCAAGAAGUUAAGUUGCUGUAAUACCAUUUUGAUCUCCAUUCCACUUCUGUUCUUUUGCAUCGAUUUAGUUUGAUUUCUGCAGUUACAUAGAGUAGUUUUAUGAUGUGAAUUCAUAUUCAGGCUGUAGUUCAACAUAUUGGUUAUUAUGCUUCGUGAAGAACGACAUGAUUUCUUGUUA